GCCAGUGCUGCCUAUAGCUUUACCAAUUGUAACUUUAAGCAUGUCCAUUCCACCCCCAAGCAUCACUAUUGAUCCAUUAGGCACGUCAACACCAGCUGCAACAUUCACGCAGACUAUACCAGUAGCACCCUCAAAUCCUUCCUCCAUACCAGCUUCCACUAAUGCUGCGCAGGGCACGAGUCCACCCCCUAGGCCCUCAAAGGCGGUGUUAUCAAAUCUGUUAUCAAAUCCAAACGCAGUCGAAACGGCCAACCAACUCCGCCGGCCUCCCAGUCAGCUUCUCGAAACUUCAAAUAGAGUCUCUAAACCUUCAAACCGAUUUCCUCAAGACCCGGAUGACACAGAACCAGAAACUUCAAAUCCAACCAAGUCACCAUCCAAUUCUAGUACAACUCAAACUUCCACUCACAAGGGCCAUGCUACCAAAGCUAGCCCAGUCCAUAGCUUCCCAGUAUUUGGUAUGCCCGUUGGCCCGCAUGCCCAGGAACUCAUCAGCACCAAAUCCACCGCUGAAAACCUCAAUCCAGACCAAGAACUAGGUCAUCCGCCAACUAUCAAUCUCCCCAGUCAAACAAGUCAUCCACAGAACAGCAAUGUACCCAUGCAAGUAGGCCCUCCGCAGAACAAUGAUUCAACCACGCAGGCUCCUACAAUUGGUCUAAGCAUUGCUCCAGUAAGCCAGGCCCAGCGACCCUCUACCCACGUCCUGGCGCCAUCAUCCCCGCCAGCCGGUACAGCAACCGGGCCAUUCAACGAAGCUCGUUUGGAAACUGGUCUGAUCCCUAUUGUCAUCGAAUCAUAUGACCCCGAAGGCCAGCCAUUCAGAAGCGACGGGCUUCUGAUGAUCUCAAACAUUGUCCCGAUGGCUUGA